AUUAUUAUGUUUAAGCCUUAUACUUAUAUUUAUAUAUGAUUUGCCUUCUAUAAAAAAAGGUUCUCAAUAUCAUCCUUGGAUCGGAUAUUUCAAAUUUUUGCACUUUUGGAUUUAUCCUCUUUAGUCCCAUUCAAAUAUUUCAUAAGUACGAGUCGGAUUUUAUUAAUACCACUUUUAAGUUUAUAUUUUUUUCUCAAAAAAAAAAGUUUAUACAUAAUUUGUAACACUUCCUUAGUUCUAUAAAAUUAUCAUAUAUCAUUUGGUUUCAUGUUAUAUCAGUUCAGUUCAAAUAUAUAAAUAAUAAAAUUAAAAGGAAAACAUGAUCAAGAAAGUAUUUAACUCUAUAAAAUUAAUCGAACAUACAUUAAUCCGACAAAAUAAUAACAUUACAAAGUUUACACACUGAAAUACUAAAAACGGUUUUAAAGAUAAAUAUUUGGCCGGUUUGUUUAUUGCAAAUGCAACACUAUAAUGUGAGAAACAUCUUGACCACCAUGUUUACUCCUAUGAAACAAAAUAACAUCAAAACAAAGUCUUAAAUCAAACAUUAAUAAAAUACAACGUUUGAAGAUAAUAUGCAUUACCUUAGCGAUAGAAACAUAAAGUGGAUUUCUUAUUUCAAUGAACAAAUUCUGAAACAAAGAGCAAAACAAAGAGAUCAUUAUAAACAACUUGAAUACAGCUUUUUCCGUUCGAGUUAAAUUAAUAACCCUUCGAAUUCAUAUGUGUUUUAUAAUAUCCUACAAAAUCCAUUAAGAUAUUUUACAUCUUGGAUCGGAUAUGGAUCAAGUUUUUAGGUUUGGAUCUUGGGUUUCUGAUUUAUGCCUAGGCCUACAUACGUAUAACAACUUUGUAUUUAAGCUUAAGUACGAAGCCGAAUCUGAAGAAAGAUAACUCAGUACGAUCCUCGCCAGACAGACCAAUUUUGUAGGUGAUUAAAUAGUGUACUUGUGAUGAUUAUUAGUUUACAAAACAUUCGUAAAAUGUACUUACGGUAAUAUAAGAUGCAUUAAAUAAAUAAUGUGUGAAUUUAGAGCUGACGACAGUGCCUUUAUCUUAGUGAUAAUGAUGUCGUUCAUGCACACAUAGAGGUAUGUAAGGGUUUCAGAAAUUUUGAUGAUACAACAACUUUAGCUAAUAUUAUAGGAGAAGCAGUACUAUAUAUAUACAUGCAAACAUUUUUAUAAUUUAAUAAGCACUGAUUCAUUGUUAUCGCAAGAUGGACGAAUGCAAUAUAGACUAAUAUUGACAAAGAUAUCUUAGAACCAAUCUCAUGGCCGUAUCAAUCUAGUCAGCUGAGCCACUGUGAGAAACUUGAACCUGCUUGGUUUGAACUUGAUCACGAAUUAAGUGAUAAUUAAGUGAAAUAUAUGUUUACACAAAAGUAAAACACAUGAUUAGUACAUAGAUAUGUGACAUGAACAUUGUCAUACUAUAACCGAACUAUCAAAUUUUAGAUUAUGUUAAAGGGAAUUAAGAAAGAAAUACUAGUUUGGAAGUACUUGCAACAUGAAGCGCCGCUAUAGAAAAAAAAGACGAUUUCUGCGUUCUCCUUCUCCGGUGGCCGGCGAGCUUUGUCGAUGCCGUGAGAAGGCCUUUAGUGUCUUUAGUCUUAGUUGAAGCUAUCAAUAUCCCUAGAGACCUUUGGAUUCAGAUCUGACUUCGAUCUGAUCUUGUAGCUGGCGUGGGUAGCUUAAUCAGAUUCGUAGCUUUUUCUGGUGCGCGGUGCAGGUUAUACCGGCUCUGAUGUGGGGUGGUACUUCUUCCAUCGGAUCUGGAUAAGUUGUAAACUCUGUUGGCUCAUAGGUGAUUGUCAGGCUUAUCCCCUCUUUGUCUCUGUCUUGGAUGUCGUUUGGUUUCAGUCUCGGUAGCUGUCUAGUUUCUAUGUCUUUUUCGUGGUCUACAUCCAUUACCUUUCGAUAUGAGUUCGGUUCUGCAACAAGAUAGCCGUUAUGGUGUGAUCUUGUGUAGCUUCAUCCUGAAGCUACUUUGUGGUGGCAACUCGAGGGAGUGUAGCGGAUUAUGUUAAAGGGAAUUAAGGUUUCUUCAGCAUUUUAGAGAUUGAUGGGUCUUCCGACUACCUGGUCUUGUCGUUCGACUUCAGUGCUUGUUUUUAGUUAUCUUCAGCGGGUGGAGCUUCAGUGUUGUGAAUAUGUGCUGUCUCUUGGUUUGUAACCAACGUUUUUUCCGGAUUACUUGGUAAGACGCUUUGAAGCAGUGGCUCAAUUGCAUGAUGUUUUGGAGUAGUUAUUUGCCAAUCGUCGUCUUUAAUGGUUGCUCGAGUUGGAGAUUUGUUCUCUUGUGGCUUCUUGUUGAAGAAGCAGCUUUUGUGUUGUGGUUUGUUCGUGGGUUCAGAGGGGAACCGUUCUUGCUGUCAUCGCUUUCUCGCUCAUAUCUUCUUCCAGCUUUUUUUAGCUCCACAGCUCCAACCUUGUUCUCUUCUUUCAGUUUAGUGUUUCAGUUAAGUUGAUGUUUCAAACUAUCUCUGGGAGGUUAUUCUUACCUCACCGGCUUAUGACUCCGGAAAGGUACCUUUGUCUUCUCUGUGUAAUCUUUGGUUGAAUUCAAUAUAAAUUUACCAGAUGAAAAAAAUACAGUAAAACCUCUAUAAAUUAAUAAUGUUGGGACUACAUCAAAAUUAUAAUUUUUUAAUUAAUUUAUAGAAAUAUUAAUUUAUCGAUAUACUAAUUGAACGAAAAACUAAAUUUGGAACUAUAAAAUUAUAUUAUUUUAUAGAAUUUUUUAGUGUAUAUUAAUUUAGAGUAUUAAUUUAAAGAGGUUAUAUUGUAGUUGCAACAUAGUUUUACUAUGGUAAGAUAUAAAUGUAAAACCUAAUGACUAAGCAAACUCCACUGGCCCAAUUCAUAUUGUGUUUACUUAUAUUAAAAGCCCAAUGUCCAUGUAUUUCUAUUUUCUGAGGAAAUAGAUAUGUCUCAUGUAACAUGAGAUUUAAAAAAUGGAUUUAAAAAAUGGACGUUUAGGCCCAUACGUAAAGAAGGGAAGAACAUGUCAGCAUCAAUGGUCCAACCCAGACCUACUGAGACACGUGUAGAACUGCAUCUCCCUCGCACGUUGAAAAUGUAGAUAAUUCCAAAUUGACAAUUGAAUUGCUGAACACCAUAAGAAAGGACCAAUACACGAUACGAGUCACAUCUGAAUAAAAACGGAAUAUUGAAAAAAAAAACAUAAAAUGUACAUCUGCCAAAUACAUUAAUUGUCAAUUAACUACAGUUUGGACCGUGACAAGCUCAUUACUGCAUGAGUCAUGCAAUGUUUGGACGGUCGAAAGGCCAAAGCUCGCACGCAGUUAUGUCAUCAUACUCGACCCAUCGGUUUACCUACAAGUGUCUACCAGAAAGCUACACUACAUAUAACAUAAAAAUUGCUGAUAAUUUUCUAUUACUCGCACAAAUUUACCAAAUAAAUUGAGUUAAAAUGAUGGUUUAACUCUUUUUUUUUGUUGUGUCAGCAAUGGUUUAACUCUUAAAAGAUGAGUUUAGUGAAAUGAAUAGUUGUAACUCCAAGAAAAGAAAAGGAGCAUGUGAACCAAUGAAUGUGUUGAAAGCAAAGUGACAAAUGGAUGAAGAACCCGAAAAGCAAUGCAAAUAUAUUGACUCUUGAGUUUUUCCAUGUUGAACAGUGUCCGUUCUCCAAGACAUAAAUAUUCUAGUAAAAUAAAGAAAACAAUUUAAAUUAGAGUUAUUCGAAUAAAUAAGAAGGUAGUAACGUAUUGACCGAGAAUAAAAUAAAAAACUUUAUUCUGCCUUUCGGACAUCUUAAGCAUAGGCAAAAUUCUCUAACUGAUAAAAAAAACAUUUUCUAUUUAUUGUCUUUAAAUUGUUCCUAACCAAAAAAUGAAAAAUCAUUCGUACACAAAGAAGAAGAGUCAGUGAAAGGAUCGUUGCCGUGUAAUGAUGAAAUCAUCUCCCAACCACAAAUCUCGCAGCUGAUUGAAGAAAAAUGUUUUGUGCUCUGUUGAAGAAGAGAAAACAAAACGUUGUCGUUUACUUUGUAACCACAUAACACGUUGAAAAUAUCGAGAUGGGUUUCAACAGAGGUUUACUUACGACGAAGACUUAUAGUUCUUGUGGUGGUUUGAAGCAGUUUAUGUACGGAAACGCUUUCACGACUCUCGAUGCUUUCUGGGUUUCUCUCUGUAAUCUCUUCUUUCUCCUCCUCGCCUCCAUCUUCAGAGUUUAUUCAGACAAAGAGACAAGCUUGGUCGUGGUUAAGACUAACAACAACAACAACCCAAGAGAGUCCUCUGUUGAUGGGAGUUCUCUGGUUUCGAUCAGCAAGAGAUGCGAUUAUUUAUCCGACAAGAGCAUCACUUGUUACGUAGAAGAAACUAAACCUGUCCGCUUUGUGUUUCAUGAUUAUUACCCCUCUGCUGUACAAGAGGAGAUGAAGAUGAUAACUUUCUCUGAUGAAUCGAACACGAGUUUUGUCCUGGAGAAACCGUUUGUAGCUGACGACAACAAGUUGGAGACAUCACUAUCGGAAGGUUGUUUUAUAAAGGAACACGUGAAGGAAGAGAUGUUGGUUUAUGAGUUCAUGAGUUGUGGUGUCUUAAAAGGACUUUUAGCUCACGAGAGUUUUGCUGGUUGUGAAGAUAACUUGUUCGAAGAGGAGGAGGAGGAUGAGUUUAUAGAACUCAACCCAAGUUUCCAAAGAGAAGAAGAGUCAAAGAUGGGUUUUAAUGAAGAACAAGAAGCAUAUGAUUUUGAUGAUGAUGAUGAUGAUUCAGAUGAUGAUGAUGAGUAUGAGCAUAGUGAUGUGAUCGAGAAACUGAAAACAGAGAUAAGGACAGCGAGAACAGGAGGGUUGUGCACCAUUCUCGAGGAAUCAGAGACUCCAUUACAAGAGCUGAAACCACUCAAGAUCGAACCAAAACCAGAUCAGUUCAAAGACAUGAUCGGUGAGGUUCACAAGGUUUACAAGAACUACGCUGUGAAAAUGAGAAAGCUCGACGUCAUUGAUUCUCAGAUGAUGCAUUCCAUCAGUUUGCUAAAGCUAAAACUAAAAGAUUCAUCUAAACCAAGCAGUAACAUCGUUAAACCUCACAAGUCUCAGAACCUAUGGCCAUUCAAGAAACAUAAGCUUGAAUGUGACCCGAUUGAGAGACUUGUGAAAGAAGCGAGCAGAGACUUUGAGACUGUCUACGUAAGCCAACUCUGCCUCUCGUGGGAGAUGCUUCGUUGGAAAUACACAAAACUCUUGGAGUUUGAUUCUCACGUUGCUACUACUUAUCAAUACAACUUAGUUGCUGGAGAGUUUCAACUGUUCCAAGUCCUGCUUCAACGGUUUGUGGAGAAUGAGCCGUUUCAAAGUUUAUCUAGAGUUGAGACUUACUUAAAGAACCGUCGCCAUUUCCAUAACUUCCUUCAGAUUCCACUUGUUAGAGAUGAUCGUUCUUCAAAGAGUAACAAGAAGUGUAGAAACGAAGGAGAGUUCGCGGUAAAGAUUGAGACGUUAAGAGAGAUUAUUUUAGAAUCAGUGCAUGUUUUCUGGGAGUUUCUUUGUGCUGACAAAGAUGAGUUUAGUUCUGUAAUGAAAGUUUCUCACCAAACACAAGUCUCUCCGCAAGAUCCUCUAGAUCUUGAGCUCUUGACAGAAAUGAGAACCAAUCUCCAAAAGAAGGAGAAGAAAUUAAAGGAGAUACUGAGAAGCCAAAGCUGCAUAGUGAAGAAGUUGAAGAAGAAUGAGUCAAAGAGUAGUAGUGUAAGAGUGAAGGAUGAGUUACUGAUAGCUCAAAUCGAACUGAGAGUUGUUUCAAGAGUGAUGACCAUGUCUAAACUGACAACUGAGAAGUUGGUUUGGUGUCAGGAGAAACUUGACGGGAUGAGUUUUAAUGGUCGGAAGAUUCACAUGGAACCGUCUUUCUCCUUGUUACCUUGUUAGAGUUGCCUCUGCUUAGAUAUUUAGAUGAGAGAUCCAGGAAGAUGAUUUUUUUUUUUUAAAUUGUCUUUGUUCCUGAGAAAGAAAGAAUGUUAGAGCUAUACUGAAUGUUCUGUGGUGUUAUCUUAGUUUUGUUUCUCUCGUGUAUUACUAUUACCGGAGAACGAAUUUUGAUCUAAGAGAACAUCACAAAGUAAUGGUUGUUACAGAAUCCUUAGUUCAGGACAAUGGUAGCUCUACUUGUAUUGAUAGUUCAAGUCCUUUGUCUGUUACAGUUUCAUGAUGUUUAUAUGUUAUUAUUACAUGGCGACA